AUGAACUAUUUGGGGCUUUUGGUAGCCCUAGUUUGUUUGAGACUGAGCAUUGCUAGAUGUAAGUCAAGCUUUAUGUUUUUUGAAGACUUUGGGUCAACUUUUUUGAAUAAUUUUUGCUUUUUUAACUCUAUUUCUGGAAAAAUCCGUUUUCAGUGGUUUGCCCCGACUACAAUUGGUACCGAAGCGAAAGAGAAGGCGGAAAAGUCUGGUGUGUCAAGGUAAAAACGUUGCUUGAUGGUUUUGUUCAAUUUCAAAGUACGAUUUCGACUAGAAAUGAGCUUGAUUUCAUUCAUUUUCUGUCUCAUUCAGGAUAAUUUUUUCACUACUUUUCAAAUUUCAAGCUUCAAAAUGUUCAAAUUACCCUUUCUUGAAUUUUGAAAAGUUUUUAUUUUUUCUAGUACUUCGAAGGAAUGAACACGCGGGACGAGGCUGAACAGGCUUGCGCAAAAGUCGGAGCGAAGCUUUCCGGAUUAGAGACUACCGCUGAAAUCGUCUUUUUGAAAGGUGAGUUUGAGAAAAAGGGUCCUCUCAUAGCAAUUUUGAUCGAAUUUUUCUUGGAUCUACCAAAAAGGACCAAUUAAAAUUUAAAAAAUUUUAAAGAUUUUCCUUAGGGCCUUUUUUUUUCCUUGUCACGCUCUUGAGAACCUUGAUCUUGAAAUAGUUGAGUUUUAAAGCUGAUUCACAACUAACUCAAAAGGGGCGUGGCCUGUCUACGCUCUCCACCAAACCAGCAUUAUUUUUUUUCGUGCCAGGACCCUUUGUCUUAAGUCACAUAUGACUCAGCCGUACUCAUAAUUCGAAAAAAGGAGAGUCGCUAACAAAAAAAAUAGUUUUCCAGACACUGCCGGUCAAAGAUGGCGCCAACUGACGCUACCCAACGGCGCAGGUUUCUGGAUCGGAGCCAAAAGAAAGGAAGAAUGCAAAAAGAACAACGCCUGCGAGCCUCGGAAGGUGAGUUUGGAAUCGAAAUAAAAAUAAAAAAUUCUGAAGACUAGUCGGAAUUUGAUUUUUCUAGUUUCUCCUAUUUCCUUUACUUUUCCUAAAAUCAAAGUCAAUACAUAAUAAUUACAAGAAAUUAUUAUUUUUUCAAAAAGUUGUGAAAAAAUGUUUUUUCGAGAGGAACUUUUAUAGAGAACUACACAAUAUAUUUAUAAAAAUUCUCAGGAAAAGCCGUAAUUAUUUUUUUUUUAUUUUUUCCCAAUUUUCUCUCGUCUUCAAGGUUUUUUUAAAGUCUGAAAUCAGGGCAAAAAAAUAUUCAAAGGUGGAAUCGUGUUAAAAAAAUUUUUGAAAAAAACAGAUCAUUAAAAGUAGAAAAAAAGUCAUUUUGCGAAAAAUCAAAAAUUAUCUCUGACUCGCCAAAAAUUAAGUUGUCUUUUUCACUCUAUAACAGUUCUUUUGAAUUUUGAAAAAUCACUUUGAAUACGAUGUAAAGAAAAGUGCCAAAAAAAAAACUCAAUUUUAGCCAAUUUUGUCGCUGUUUUCGCAGUUCAAAAGUUGAAGGAAAAUGCAUUUAUAGUCCUUCACUUUCACCGACGGAUCCUCGGUCGCGUUCACCACUGAUUUCAAUUAUCAAUGGGCCGAGGGAGAGCCGAGCAGCGCUCCUGAUCCAGUAGAGUUCGUGUUCAGAAAAAUACUGUUCAAAAAAUCUUCUUUUCCAGCGGUUCGCCCAGAGAUUGUCUGGUGAUCAAAAACUUCAUUUAUAACGAUACCAGGAGUCGAUCCGCUUUGGUCGCUUCUUCUACGUAAGCGAGCAAAAUAAUAAAGUCGAUUAAUAAAGGCGUAUUUAAUAAGUGAUCAUUAAUCCUCUUUUUGAUAUUUUUUUCAUUGAAACAGGGUAAAUUAGUUGAGUAUUUCAUGAAAAAUAAUCCUUUUCAUAGAGUUCAUAAAAAAAUAAAUGACUUGCUGGCUCCACUGUAGGGGCUACUUUUUCAAGAUGUAGUAGCCCUUUUAACGGACGGUAAAGUGACCCCUAAAGGGGACCUUCGAGGGCCCCUAAGGUCUAGUUUAUAGAGACUAUUCUGGCGUUCCUAAGUAGUAAGAACUUUCAAAGCUUCCCCAAUAAUAAGGGAAGCUUUAAAUUUGCGCUUUUCAAGAUGUGACCCAACAAAAGACGUGACGAAACGUAACACCAUCGAAAACUUGGGCCUGGUCGUUGGUUUUGCUUGCGGCAUGCCUGGAAUCGGUUUGGCCUUCUUGAGUUUAUAUCAAGUUUCGAAAGAGUUUCAGAAGGCACGAAACUCCUCGAAGACCUGAAAGAGGAGGGGCAAAUAAUCGAGAAACAGGCGGAAGAGCAAUUGGCGGUCUGUGCCGGUGGCUCAACGGUUGCAAUAACGUCUCCUGGUGUGACGACUUCUUCGGCGUCUUCUGGCUCCACGACGACGGCGUCUUCCGAAUCCACGACUCCAACGGCUCCGACGAAGGCUUCCGAUUCGACUACUGCCUCAGCAACGUCUUCUGGAUCUACGACUUCAGCGGCUCAAACGACGGCUUCUGAUCCAACAACUUCGGCAGAGGAGUCUUCUGAAUCCACGACCCCCACGACGGCUCACGAUUCAACGACCGCUUCAGAGUCUCCGACUACCAAAAAGAAGAAAGUGAAAACAACAACCACACCCCUCACUGUCGACGUUUGA